UAGAAGACUUUCGAAAAUAUUAAUAUCCUCUUUAAUAGCAUGCUAAUAGUCAAGCAAUCAAGCGAGAGAGAGAGAGAAAGAGCCAUAGCAGAACCUAAUUUUUGGACUUUGAAGGUCAUCAUGUACUUAAUAUGACAGAUUGACAUUUUUCUAACUAUGAUUUUUUUGAUUCAACGAAUUCUGAAACAAAUCUACAAGGUUUUUGGUUAUUUCGAAAUAAUACCACAAGUUUUGGGUUGCUGAUUCACUGAGUCGUUGAGGUAGCCUCAGCCGGGUCUUAGCGACGAGUGAUAGCAUUAGCGUUGGCACGGGACGCAACAUCUUCGAGAAUAUUCUUGGGUACGUGUUAGCAUCACGAACUGUGAGAGCGACACGGCUCAGGUUCUUUUUUGGCGGUAGCCAACAGCAGCGAGUGAUCUUGCUGUCCUUGUGAUCCUGCUUUCUCAUCAACAAGUGCCUGUUCAUAGGAUUCAAACACGACGGAAACCAACGAAAUGAUAGGUGCACUUGGGAAUGGCGACAGCGCCAGGCGCAGCAGUAGUGAUGUCCUCCAGGGAAUUGCUAACAGUUUGCACGAUAUGGCGCCACCGGUUUCGCUCGCAGAGUUGCCCUUUUUCGCGAUUUUAUUUGCGGUUGGUAAUAUAGAUUUCUACUUAAUCUCAAGUUUGCGACCAUGACAAAGAUUCCAUCAUUUUCAUUUGCCUCAGAACACCAAAACGCACACAACUUUUUCUUCUAGUUUCAUCGGUUCUGACUGAAGUGAGGCAAUAUGUACUCUCCGUAGUCAAUUUUUCCGCUCAUGUUCUUGAUGCACAUUCACUUCAGGCGUUUUCCUGUCGUUCUUCGGCCACAAACUGAAGAAGACGGUGCUCUUUGUGGCGGGUGCAUUGCUUCCAGUGUUCCUUCUCACUGUGGAUUUCGAGGCAACUAAAGAGGUGAAAAUAAUUAUAUGGCCCUGUUGUGUCAGUCCGCAAACAAUAAUGUCGAUGUUCGAAUGAAAGCUAGAAGUAAAAAUUCGUCUUCGUCUGCUGUUUACAUGAGUUAUCAAAAAUCAGCAAAAACUCUUCUUGACCUCCUCUCGGGUUUCAAGUUCUAAGAUUUCUGGUCGGGGUGCUCGGAGUAUGCGCAGGUAUCUUCUUUGUAAAGUUUCCGAAAUGCGGUCUCGGCGGUAUCGGAGCUGUGUGGGGUGCCGCAAUGGGUCGAAUGCUUUUUUUCUUUCUUGGAAACGUGCUGAAAGAAGAUGUCUUCACUCCGAACAGAGAAGGUAUAACAUUAUGACCUUAGAGCAGUACUUAGCGCAUUUUUAUCAUGAGGAGCAGGUCCAGUUCGAUGGCUCAUCUUCUCUUGUCAUGCGCAUUCUAACGUCAUAAUGUCCUCAACAACGAUCACGAUAUCAGUCAUCAACGCAGUGUCGAUUAUCGUUUGCUCGAUCCUCGGCGGAGCCCUGCUCGCAGGAUGCUUCAGCAAGAUGUAUUGCGUAGUUAUCCCUUUCGUCGGUGGGGUGCUGGGUGCGGAUUCGCUAGGUACUUACUGACAGACUGGCAAACUUUUACUUCCAAACACCCGUGAAUUCAAAUUUCAAAGAAAUACAUCGAGUCUUAUAAAUAUAUAUUCUUUUUAGUAACUAAGUUGAUGUCAGCUUAUGCUCUCGAAAUUUCACUGCAGCGCACGUGGUGAUUUUGGGAGUGCACAAGUGGGUGCGAGAAUGGCGUCCGUUCUUUCCGCUUGAUACGCCUCUGCUAAUCACUGUAGAGGGCAUUACCAGCGAUCGUAACCAAGUGAGACAUUAUGAUCUUGCAACAAAAAUAUGGAUAUUUAUUUAUUGAAGUAGAUGACUGAUGAACACUCACUCCAUGACGUGUUUUGUUCCUGCUCGUCUUUCAAACAAGAUAUUCCAGCUAUGUAUAAAUUCGAGUUUAGCUUUUCCGGAUGCUGGUUAAUCCAGGAAUUUCUCGGUAUGCCACGAACGUAAUUGAACGUCUUCAUGUCUGUAAGCCAUCUCUCCUCCCAGGAUGCAGGUGUCUACUUCGAUUAAGUAGUCAGGGCUGGUGUAGAUCUAUGUUUAUGUAUGAAAAUGAAAAUUAAUUCUGAUUUUCAAAAAUCUCUAACAAUGCUACGUGGAUAACAUGGCUAGGACUGCCGAACGGGCCGUCGACGAGAUUUUCACCAAUUUUGCGUCUGUGCUGGGCGGAGAGAUGCCACCUGAAAGCAGCGACCUAAGGCGUACUUACUUAGUGACACAGGAGCAGGAUACUUGUUGUUAUUUGUUCGAAUGCGUGCUAGGCCAAAGUAGAACAUAUUGAUAUUCUUUUUCUUAUUACCAUCACUAGACAGCUUCAGUAGUUGAAUAAUAGCGAUAAACAUAAAAAUCAUCCUCGUCUUCAUCUUCUCCUGCAUCAUUCUUUUUGUCCACCUACCACACGACAAAGUUCUUCAUGAACCCAUCGAUUUUCUCUGCACAGAUUUGUUGAGAUACCGAUUCCCGUGGGGAAUCUGGAUUGUUUUCUUCUUGUUGUGCUUCAUCGUCGGUGUCAAGCUGCAAAUUGACGAGUAUCAGCGUGAAAAAAAGGAGAACAAGAAGCUUCAGGAACUUUCGGAUGACGAACGUCUUGUCGCCCAUUCGCAUCCACCCGGUUAUCGACGCCCAAACAGGAUCGAGCGAGGACGCUAUCUUGUCUGAGGAAAAGCGCUAUAUGUUUUGAGGGAGAAGGAGCCGAGCGCUCGGUGUUUUGGGGUAUCGUGCGUUGAUGCGGUAACAGAAAAACAUCGGAGGCCUGUUUUCAUGCCAUUGGACCUUGCUUUCUUGCACGCGGCCGCGCUCGUGGACGAAGUAACGGUUGGUGCUACGGAGUCGUCUCUCACCCCACCACAAUCUUACAUGUACUAGGAACGAGUGGCCGGUGGACGUAAGCGGCAAAGGACCACUUACACUCUUACAUGAUGGUCAUCCAAUUUCACCAGGAAAAACUAAUGCUAGUGGAAAUGUUCGCAUGUUCUACUCCUAAUCCGAUACUAACAAAAUGAAUUUAGAUAGACAUACGAUCUUACUUUGCAAUUUUGAUUUCAUUGCUUUCGUUCUCGUAUCUAUCUUACGUCGCCAUCCAUACGGGUAUUAAGUGUCGCAAUACUAAACAAAAACAACAUUUUAAAUCAUGAGAGUAAAGCCCUAACGCAUCAAAAGGAUAAGAUUAUCAUACGAGCAGGACUAGAAGUAAAACAAAGGACUAUAAAAAUAAAUCAGUAGAUGCUCACUUCUUACUACUCAUAGAAGGUGCAAUACCAAUACAUCACGUCAAACACAUCGACACUUAAAGUACUCUUAAUACGAGGUAGAAGAAAACGACAUCAGCAUCUGGUGGCGGCCACGAACCUGGUGCAGUCUAGAACUACAUUAAUUUUCAUUAGAACAGACAUAUUCCAUGAAUCCUUCAACCAUAACCAUGAAUCCGUCAUCAGUCUAAUCAAUGUACAAUCAAAACAAGCGUUUGCGUUCUUGAAUACAACAAGCUUUGCUUGUCAGCCAGAUCGCUCGUCAGUGACACUACUUGGGAACUUUGUUGACACAACUUUAGCUUUCUUGCAUGCGUAUGAUGUAAUUGGCAACGAGAACGACAUCCUCAACCUCAAGCCUAGGGGACCCGGUUUGCCAAAAACAAUUCCUGUGGAUCACAUAUUUCGGAAAGAAAUUACUUAUCCAGGAAAGAUAACCCAGCUUCAAACACAAGACAUUCUUGUUUUACGAUGAACGCGCUGGCUUCGCCUUCGCGCACAGUACGGUCCUGCCUCUACUACCAUGUCGACCAUGAAUGCG